AUGUUCGAUCUGCCCGAACUUAAGUGCCAUCUGUUCUACCUUGCUCUCAUCAUCGUAUGUGUUGUUCGCGGUCCAUACCCAAAUUUUGUCGCUACCGAUAUUCGGCCUGAGCUUGCAAAGCGAUUCCGUUUCGAGGACAUAAUGGUUGGCAACAACUUUAAGGGUUUUUUCCUGCCUCAACAGGAACCGUAUUUUGCCAGUUUUUUUGUGCCUCAGCAGCUUAGAUUCGCCCAGCCCACGCUCCUUCCACACUUGCUCGCCAUCCGUAUCUGUGGCGAAGCGAUAGAGCUUGGAACGUUGCUGCCAGAACAAUUCUUCAUCCUCCUCUCCGGUGACUACCUUGAUCUCCUUGACUUCAACCUGAUGUAA